AUGGCCCUGCCCUUGGUCUGCCUGGUGAGCCUGCUGAUGCUCAGCUGCAGGGCAACCUGCUCCCUGGGCUGUGAGCUGCCUCCCACCCACAGCCUGGGGAACAAAAGAGCCUUGCUCCUCCUGGGACAGAUGAGGAGAACCUCACUGUUCUCCUGCCUGAGGGACAGAAAGGACUUUGGAUUCCCCCAGGAGGCCUUUGAUGCAGAGCAGGUCCAGAAGGCUGAAGCCAUCGCUGUGCUCCAUGAGAUGACCCGGCAGAUCUACAGCCUCUUCAGCACAAAGAGCUGGCCUGCCCCUUGGGAGAAGAGCCUUGUGGCCACACUGUGCACUGGCCUCUCUGCCCAGCUGCAUGAGCUGAGAGCCUGUGUGGCCCGGAAGGAGGGAGAGGAAGCACCUGCCAUGGUGCUUGAGGACUCCACGCUGGCUGUGAGGAGACACUUCCACAGGAUCUCUCUCUACCUGCAGGAGAAGAAGUUCAGCCCUUGUGCCUGGGAGAUUGUCAGGGCAGAAAUCAUGAGAUACUUCUCUUCAUCAGUGGACUUGCUAGUGAGCCUGCUCAUUCACACAGCUGCCUCUGCGCUAGCUCAGUGUACACCACCAACUGAAGGCAAAGGUGCAGUGAAAGUUCCACUUCCAGUUCGUCAGAGGGAGAAAAUCGAAGUGGGUACUGAGAACACAAUGCUCAUCGCCCAGAAUCCUGAACACACCAAUAUCCCUAGCACGGAUGACAUUGGGACUGCAGCAGAGACUGUAGUUAGCAAAAUUGAGGCAGACAGGAAGAAAUUUCUAAUGGCAAAAGCACUUGGUGAAAAUGCAUUGAUUUAA